CAUUUGUCCACCACUAAUCCAAAUUUUUAUUGAAGCAGAGGCGGAGAUGGAAGGUGGUUCAAUGACAAUGUAAAGCCUCUACGUAGUAAGUACUAGAAAAGAGCUGCAAUCACGUCGAGGCUCCAUUGACAAAUCCGGGAGCACAUCGCAAGUUCCGAAAAGUCCUCCACCUACCAAACAUGAACAAGCACUAUUCCACCGAUACCGCCUCAUCCCAGCGACACCACCGCGAAAGUGCGCGCGCGGCCGCAAUCCGGAAGGCGGUCCAGCAGCACCUGUCUCCCGAGGCGGCGAAGAAGCGCGCCAAGGGGCACAUUGAGCCGGAAAUCGAUGUGUCCUCCUUGAGGCAAGCGGCUGCCAUGUACAAGGAUGAGGUCUUCAAGGCGGCGCCAGACCGGAGUGCGAAGGUGCCGAGCAAGGGUGCAGCAGCCUCGCUGUUGAAACCGGGCGGAGGUGUCUCUCCUUCCUCCUCUCCAACAAAAAGAAGCGCCAGGAGCUCGUCGUCCAGUAGACCAAAAGCGAAGCUUGCGCCGAUUAGCGCCACAGGACUUGGAGGGUCUUCUUCCUCGCUGCAGAUGGGGAAUAAGCGCGGCGGGGGAAUCACGAAUAAAUCCACUGCUGCAAUAAACACGUCGUCCUCCCGGAGUGAAGGCGUGCUUUCAUCGUCUUCCGCCGUUGGAACUAAAACAUAUGUUGAUAAAAGACAAGCUCCUACAACAUCAACCAACGUCAGCGUGAGCAGUACCAGUGCCCCCGCUGUCUCGCCGAUAAAACAGCAGGGUGCGCUUAUCGCCAACGCCUCCUCGGGGUCGCCGAGGCAGAAGAGCGCGGAGAGCCUGUUCGCGGAGUACAAAAAGAAUUUGGAGGUCGGCAAUUCUUCGUCGAGCACAAGCAGGUUUUUCCGUGGCGGAAGUAGUGCUUCGCCAGGAGCUCCUCUCGUUACCGGUCAGGCCCCAGCAACUAUGUCAAGCCAGAUAGCGUCUGCGAUAGAGGAAGAACUGCAGGCGGUGGAUCAGCAAGAGGCAGAGCAGAGCAACGCUCGAUCACAGGAGCUGGCGGAAGAAGCGAAAACAGUCAAGACCACUAUCGCGCAGGUAGAACAAGUUGUACUUGUGAAAAUAAGGGACGAACUCUUAUAUCUUGCUCGAGUAGGAUCUUCUUCUUCACGCGUUUGUAUGCACGUUAUUUUGAUUUCUUCGGAAAAUGGAACCUCAACCUUCAUGAUCUUCCUCUAUCACGACCACUAUCAGGUCGAGGCCUCGCUGCAGCGUUCCCUCCGCGAGUUCCAGGAGUCACGGUCCAAGCACGCGCUUUUGCAGGAGGAAAACGAAAAGACCAGGAAAUUUUUGAAAUCCAGCCAGACCCGGGUGAUCACGGCCCAGGCCAAGAUCUCGGCUUUGACCGACCGGAAGAAGCAUACGCGGGCGAAGCUGGAAGCCGAGUUGCAGGGCAGCGAACGGGAGUUCAAGAAGAAAGCGUUUAAGCUAAAGCAGAAACUGAGGGACUUGACGAUGCAGCUGAAGCAGGGCGAAAAGAAACUCGCAGAGCAAACGGGCGUGCUCGUUGGUUCGGGCGCGGCGAGCGGCAGUACUUCAUCUUCGCGGGUGUUGAACAAUAAGACUGCGGCCUCUGCUGGUACCGUUUUUGCGGAGCAACAGCAUUUAGCGGACACCGGCGUGCAGUCAGCGGCUGGCGCGAUCGCACCAACGAACUCGGCAAGCAAGGACGCCGGCAUCCAGCAGGUGGGCGAAUUGCGGAGUGAGCUGGAAGAGAUCGAGCACCAGAAGCAGGAGCUGCUUGGGCACCUGGAAAACCUGCAGGAGAAGCAGUCCGAACUGGAAGUGCAGAAGAAAAAACUGUGCGCCAAGUACCAGGUAAAUGUGAGCGACGCAGACGCGAGAUUUUCGGCGGGGGGGAAGAAUUUGAGUAAUUUUACACCAGGAGAUAGAACAACGGGCGGAGCACUCAAUCAACUUCUCUCAACUUCUGCUGGCGGACCUACAACUUCUUCAACCAACGGUGCGUUGACCGCGCCGGUGGAAAAGAACAGUGGGGCAGCACUGAUGUCCACAAACCUCAACGCCCUGCCCAGUAACUACAACCACCGGGAAUUGGGUAGACAAGAGCUCCUCCAGACCGAAAAGCAGUUUCGGUUGAUCACGAGCAGGAUUCGCAGGGAGCAAUCGAAAUUGCUGCGGCUCGACCGCGAGUUUUCCCAACUGCACGACAAGGAGGUGCAGCAACAGAAGGACAUCCGGAGCGAGCUGGAGAUGCUGCUGAAGGAAUUGAACGGAACUGGCUCCUCCGCAUCAUCUUCGUCCCCAGGAGCGGCCAACGCACAACAGGUUUCGGCGAACGUUGCCACUUGGAAGAAAACCAUCAAGCAGAUCGAGAAGGAGUUACAAGCGAUGGUGACCGAGUUCGAAGUGAAGAAGAAAGUCCUACUCGCUUCUGUGAAAGACAUCGAACACGACCUGGAGGUAGGCAUCGCAAAUUGUAUUCUGUCUGGGCGGUCACUUGACCUGUCAUGACCAAAGACGCAGAUCGACGACUCUUUCAAGAGCGAAAAUGCGCAUGUCUCCAUUUAGCAUGAAAGCCAGCUCUUCUCGCUCUUCUCUUUGCUCGACACGCAUUCCUCUGCAUGAGAAGCAUUUUUUUUCCACCUCUACUGCUCGCCCAGAGGAUCCAGAUAGGUGCAUUUGCGGUGGAUACGUGGAAAGAAGGCACAACGUGAACGUCGUGAAUCACAACGAAGCGGUGAAGAACCAGUCCAUGAUCCAGCUGCGGCUAGACCAGCUGUCUUCAUUCGAAGCGCGAUUGGUCGGGCACGAAGAAACGCACAAGGCGAAGAAGGCGAAGCUCGAGAAGUGGUUAGUGGAAAAUAAGAUGGAGCUGCAGAAAUACCUGGAAGAAAACCACGACACGAUAGUACAACUAGAGAGCACGAGAACCGCUGGUGCAGAUGAACCUGGUGCGGCGGGUGCAGGCGGAGAACAAAUCGAUGAUGACGUAGUUGUUCCCGAAGUGCAGGAGCAGCUCAUGACCGAUCUGGAAAACCUGCCGGUUGUUGGCUCUAUGCGAACGCAGCUGAUCAAGGAGAAGUACCAGUCCCUCGUGAACCACCUCGCAGAACUCGAAGCGGACGCGGCGGAGCAGACCUCGAAACGCGAGGAGGUCGUCCUGGAGAUCGAGCUCAAGCUGGCCAUAUCAACUGCAAAGAAAUAUGUCUGGGUCUCGAAACCUGUGAUGCUGAAUGGUCAUGAUUGAGUACUACGCCUUGAAAUGCAGUGACGCAUGACAAAUUUUCCAAACGCUUUCUCAUGCCCAGCACGCAUUACAAACUUCGACUGGCGAAAAUUAUGUGGCACUUUUGCUGCUUAUGCCUAUACAGAUUUUUCAGGAAUACGAGACCCGCAAUACAGGUUCAACCUUUCCAGACCCAGACAUACAUGCAGUGCAUACGCCAGUCUGUUCAAGGAGCGGGAGGAGGCGAAAAAGCAGAAGGAAAAGCUGCAGGGCUUUCUCGCGAGCGUGACGAACGACACAACUGGAAGCAACAUGAUCGGGUCCUCGGCAGAAGUGGACGGCGACGCGGUCAAGCAGACGAUCCACGAGUACAAGUGGGUGAAGUCCUCGAAUGUUUCCACGCAAAACAAGCUUUUCCAGCUGAUCGAGCGAAACAGGAAGGAAUUCAUCCGGCUAGAAGAAAUCUACCAAUCCCUGGACUCGGUCGAGUAUCCAGCGCAAAAAAAUCUAGCACAGUGAGUGUUGGUCGUUUCAACCUCAGGCAGAGCGUAACAAGCUGCAUGCCAUGACAGGAGUGGUGGUUGACUAUUUCUAUGACUUUAACUCACUUAAAGGAGCAACACGGGUGCUGGGUGGGCCACCAGCACGGGUAGAUGCCAGAUCUGGCGGUGGUUCCAUCAAUCCUUCGGACUGAUUGGAGGAAAUUCUUGGGGUACUAACUUACACGACAGCACUUUGCUGUCGGAGCACUCCAGUUGUUCCACGAUGAUGCACGUGCUGGCCUGCGUAGCGAUGCAGUCCGAUUUUUUGUCAUGAUGCGAAAUUCCGCCUGCGCGGGCGCGGCUCGAGAGCGGACAUGUCUGUGCACGACUUUUGCGCUGCAUACGGAGGAUUCGAUGAAGGUGCUGAUCGAGUACUUAGACAAGCUGCAGAAAUGCAAAAUGCUGGUCGUCGAGAAGUUGGAUUUCAAGGAAAAGCAGCUCCUGAAGCUGAUGAACCCCGGGGAGCAGAUCACGCCCGCUUCGGCCACGGCGGGGAGUAGGGGGUACAGGGUUUUGGAAUUCAUUUUCAUUCACCACUCGAGUAGUAUCAUGCGUGCAGUGGCCGCCCACUGUGGGGGCUACGACUCUUUUGCAUGCCUUCGCGAGGUCUCUUCGCUCCACGAGGAUCGAUCUGAAGCUGCACUCUCGUCACAAGCGACCAAAACGGAACACAGGACUUGAUUUUACGAGAAGAAAUUUCAAUUUGAUCAAUUUUACAGCCGUGCCCGGUUCUCUUACCCCUCCGAAGCUGGCACCGCGGCGAUUCUGCAGACGCAGGAAAGGGUCGAGAGCCUGCUCCGCAACUACGAUCCAAAGGUGAUUUGCUUUUUUUGGAACAGAAAUACGAAUGAUCGCGUGAAGAAUCCUUUCGUAUUAGUUCUAGGUUCUUUAUCAAGGAAUCCGUGCUAUAAUCGGUACGCUUUCUUCUGUUUUCCCAAACCACUCAGGUGUUCCAGGAUUCCGCUGAGUUGAAGAAGAAUCUAGCCGCGAAGGAGAAAGACGCCUACACAGUGGAAAAGGAGUUGCAAAGGCUAGAGUCCUCGCACGCUCGGGACGUCGACUUGUACCGGCAGGGGUUGAGCGAGGUACAGACUUCGACUUUUUUGCAGUGCCCACCUUAUGUAAUGGCGCAUCAUGCUGUUGAUUAUUCAAAAACCGAAUCAGAAUCAGAAUCAAAGCUGUCGUGAACAACACAACAACAAAUGAACCAAAACAGGAAGAGACCACCCUGAACAAGGAGAUCACCUCUUCCGAAGAACGGGUCGAGAUCGAGCAGCAGCGAGCGGUCCAACUGAAGAAACAGGUGGAGAAGCUGGGCAAGCAGGUGGUGGAGCAAGAGGAUCAGACCCUGGAGAAGGACCGGAAGUGCAAGUUUCUCCAGACGAAAUUGAGCGAGUUGCGCAACCUCCUCUACGUGAUCGAAGAAAAGGAAAGUACGGCAGCAACGGCGUCCAAGAAGAACUCGAAAAACACCACCAGUGGCGCGAGUGCGUCCAAUGGUGGUGGAAUCAUUUUCCAGCAAAAAAUCCAGCUUGGAGCAGGAGGCACUUCAUCCGCCACAUCGCCGUACGGUGGAGCCGGCGCUUCUACUUUCGUCGACCACCAGGAACUAAAAACCCUGAAGACUCUCCCGGAAGACAUCCACUCCAGAAUAGAAGAAAUCACAAACGAGGUUCGCCGAAACAGUGCCAGCGCACUCGGCUCGCCCACGGAGGACGAGGAACAGCAGGACGAGGACAUGGGCAAAACGCAUGGGAAAAAUGUCGCCAACAAUACACAGACCAGCAGUAAAAAAGCCGCCACUUCUUCCAAGGAGAGAGAGAAGCAAGACAACAGCGGUGAUUCAUCGUCGUCGCUAGUGUACCAGUACCAAGCCAACCAGCAGCCUUCGUCCGCGCGAUCCUCAAACACCAGAGGCAGUGGUUUGAUAAACAGCGCAAGAACAGAGAAUAACAACCCAUUCAGUGCUCGAGUAGUUGGUGGCGGAGGUGGUGCGCCAGUCAGUACGCUGAACAGUCCGCGCGGCGUGCCUCCUUCCCUCGACAAAAAUACAGCUCUUCAGAACAAGCUACCGUCGCUGGAAACCAUCCAAACCCACUUCGGCAGGGAGCACCCGGCGUACCUGUUCUACAUGCACUUGCUCCCCCUGUUGAAGGGCAUCGCGGUGAUGCAGCUGCAGAAGAAGCAGAACCUGUGGCAGCCGCGCAUCGUGUCCGUGUCGAACGUAUCAAGAAGAAAAAUCCCCCCUCCCCAUAUUGAAAAGAUAUGUCUCCGAAAAUUUGUGUUGCUGAUUUGAGGCCACAGAUCACAUUUGUCUUGCAAGGAAACAACGGCAGAAGCUUCCGCCAUAUUAUGGAAGCGAUUUGUCACGCUGUUGGGCCUAAAGGGGAGCCGUUUUUCAUGCUGAACAACUAGACCCAUACGCCCCUACCUAGCCUGGGGAUCUGGCUGCAGUGGCUCUCUGCAAUACAGCGCUGAUUUGUGUACACAAGUCGAGCAUUAGAAGUUCCGUUUUGCUAUGGGGAGGGGGGAUUUUUCCUUUCGAUAGAACGACUACGGGCGGGUCCAGUUUCACAGCGAGGAAAAAAUCGUCGCGGAGACCUUCCUAUCAAACGCGAAUAUGUCAUCUGGGUCCCGAAGAGUGCGAGGUUUGUCAUGCUAGUCUGGCAUAACUCUGCACUCUGUAUUGCGUGGCCGCGAAGGGCUCCUCUUGACUGUCAUGCAAAAAGGGAGUCUCUCAUGCGGAAUACGCAACUGAGAACCUCCACGGAAAAACUUUUCAUGCUUGGCAGCGCAUAGUUGCAGUGUACUCAUUAUUCCCUCCCUUGGAUCACAAGUUUCCAGGCCCAGACUCAUAUUUGCAAUGCAUACUUCCUCCGGACAAGGUCCUUAAAAUCCGUGAACGUGCCGGAUCCGAUAUCAAAAGGAAAAAUCCCCCCGCCCCAUACCGAAAACGAAAUUUGUGAUGCUGGAUUUGAGUACACAAAUCAGAUUUGUCUUGCUGAAGAGGAUUGCAGGCCCACAUCAAGCCUGAGUAGAGAGGUUUUGGCCUAGCCGCUUAGCAUGUAUGAGAAACGUCUGCGCUGUAGGCCAAACAGCAUCACAAACCGCCUGCAUAAUGCGGCGGAGCCUGUGGAGUUGCCUUCUUGCAGGACAGAGAUCAUUUGUGGUCGCAAAUCAGCAUUGCAAAUUUUCUGCGGCGUACCUUUUCGAUAUGGGAAGGGGGAAUUUUUCCUCACAAUAUCCGACACUGAAACUCCUCCAGGACGUGGCCCGCGGGGUCGAGAUCAAGUCGUCGCGGUCCAAGGCGUACCACCUGCACAUCCUGCGGUUCGACGGGGACCCGGUCCGGCUGUCUGUGCCGACGAUCACCACCUUUCACCUCUUGACCCAGGCAUUCAAAAUUCUGUGCGAGACGCCGAAGGAACAACUAAGCUACUUUGCGGUCGUGCUGGGGCUCAAAAGUACGUGAGGCGUGUGGCCAAAAAGAAUGCGCAACUCCAGCGGACUUCAUAUACGAUUUUGUUCAUUGGUUGUGAGGACGCACUUGAUGUGACGCCGUUACAGAUUCAUCUUUUUCAACCCCUGUUGCUAGAGCAUGGCUUAUUUCAUCUUACUUUGGCUUUCGUUUAUGCUCGUCUUUUUUCGCAUCCAAUUUCAUCGAUGCAUGAACGCAAACCCACUAACUAUAGCGAGGGACGCCCGACAUCCUAGAAACCCAGGCUCCUCCUGCUGAGCACGUCGGUCCUCGAGCGACGCCGACGCGUCAUAUUAACUUCAUGCUUUUACAACCACGCGGCCCAACAUGUCCGAGGUAGGUUCAUUCAUGUAGAUUUGCGGGGGUGUGUUCACCCGAAAGGUAAAGCAAAAAAAAGAAAGCGGAAGGGAGAUCCCAGAUGAAUACACUUUUCUGCAGAGUUCCGGGUCCUUUCAAUCCACGCACGAAAAAAGAUUGAGAGCGGAGGAGUGUGAGAUGUUCAUG